AAUCGUUGGUUUGAGUGAAAAUAUUAAGACAACGACGAAUGUUUGGGUUGGUUUGGAGUUCAAGGAGCUUCGACGACGACGAAACGAAGACAGUGACGACAAUCUGGCUUGGAGCUUCGAGGAGAUCUGGACGGAGACGACGAACCUGAUGGCGGCGGAAGACCUAGCUCGACCAUUGAUGGUUAGAGAGAGAAAGUUAGGAAGAGAAAAUGGAGGAAGGUAGAGGAGAGAGAGGAGAGAAAGAGAGGAGAGAGAAAAUAUAAAAAAAAAUACUACAUAUAAAAAAUAUGGCUGACCGUACGGUACAACCAACCGCAUAUAAAACUUUGUGAUUAUAAUUUCCUUCUCCCCUUAAUAAUUCAAUUCACUUUAAUAAAUCCAACAAAGUUUUAAUUUCCUAUAUUUCCAAACCCCCAAACGUGGUGGAAUGACACAUUUUGAAACCUUUACUAAAAAAAUUGCGUAGCGUCAGUUCUCCCAAGGGUUGAAGACUUGAAUAUCGUUUCGACUCCAUGGAUAUCGUCUUCCAUUUCUCAAUGUAGUUCCACCUUCUUCUGGUUCGAAAAUGGCGUUUUUGUCAACAAAUACUUUCACUCUCAAUUCAUUCACCAACAUCCCCUGCUCCAAAUUAUCGUCCUACAACGUCCGAAUUUCUAAAACUAGCAAUCCAAAUUCUGUAACAUUCCCCAGAAAUCAAUCACUCACCACUGCAUGUAACCCUAAAAACAACCCCCAAUCUCCAAACCCCACAAAUUUAAUCACUCAUUUUCUCUCAACCCACAAAAAAAUCCCCAAAACCUUGACUGAAAAUGCUGUGAAAUUGCUUGUUGGGUCCUUAAUUUUGAUGGGUUCUCUUAGUUUUAGUUCACCAGUUAGCGCAGUUCAAGUUCAAAGUGGUGUAAAUUUAGAGGAAGAGAAAGAAACCCAGAAAGAAAAUGCUGAAGAUGAAGAAAAAUUUGAGAAGUUAUUGGAGCAAGAACCCAGAAACGUGGAAGUCUUGAAGGUGGUUGUGAAUUUGAAGAUGAGAAAAGGGAAGACUAAAAAGGCUGUUAAAUAUGUUGAGAGGUUGAUUGAUAUUGAGCCUGAACAAGUUGAAUGGAGGCUUUUGCAAGCUCUUUGUUGUGAAAUGAUGGGGCAAUUGAGUACAGCUAAGAGAUUGUUUAAAGAAAUUCUUAAGGAAAACCCACUUUUGCUUAGAGCUUUGCAUGGUUUGGCAAUGGUGAUGCAUAAGAACCAUGAGGAGGCAGCAGUUUUUGAUAUGUUGAACGAAGCUCUUAAACUUGCUGUUCAUAAAAAAAGGGUUGCUGAAGAGAGAAAUAUCAAGAUUUUGAUUGCACAAAUGCAUCUAGUAAAGGGGAAUUUUGAUGAAGCUUUGAAGAAGUACGGAGAUCUAAUUGCUGAAAAUCCUCGAGACUUUCGACCUUACUUGUGCCAGGGAAUCAUUUACAGCUUACUGGACAAAAAGAAGGAAGCUGAUGAACAGUUUGAGAUUUACAGAAAUCUUGUUCCAGAAGAAUUCCCACAAAGAGGAUUCCUUGAAGAUGUUGUAAUGGCAGCAAAAACAGAAUCGAGGGAACAGCUACAGAAGGAGUUUAACUCUCAGUUUUCAUAUAAGAGAUAACUAAGUUUUGAAUUUGUGGUCCCUGGCUGAGUUGAUGAACCCCUUUGCUAAGAAGAUCCUGUCUUAGGCAAUUUAUGGAGGCUGGAAGCUCUUUAUUUUUCGAUAAAUGACCUGAAAGUCACCAGGAACCACAAGCUAACCUCACUAUCCCUUGCGUACAAUGGCAUUGUGUGUACAUAUAAUUUUCACUUGGUAAACUGAAAGUGUUGGCUGAUCUAUUUAGAAGUGUUUUUUAAACAUCAAGCUCCUUUUUCUGGCUGAUAAUCUUGUAGACACUAGCCUGUGCAUGGAUUCUUGUGCUGCAAAAUGUUAGAAAAUUUUGUUUUAUUAUUCUUGGAAAUGAUAUUUGGUGGUUGAAAGUUAAAACUGUU